AUGGAACCAAUAAAUUGUAUAAAAAUGUUGGGGCAGGAUGUGCUGCGAAUGGGCACACCAAAAGGAAGUGUCAAAAUUCAGUUAAUAACUAUUACCGAUAUAUGUGAAAUGCCUUGUAUUCUUGCCGGUGAUGUCGAGAGGAAUAUGUAUAUCUGUAAUAGGAUAUACACACGCUCUGGAAUUUGCAAAAUAUCAAAUUAUUAGCUCCACCUACGCUUUAAAGCCAACGUUCCUGGGAAUAGAUACAAACUCGUUGUGUGCGAAAGUGUUCAUUGUUACGAUUUGUUGAACUAAAGGUGUUUGAUAGAAAGCGUGGCAUUGCUUUUUAAUGUGGGAAUGGACAUAGUAUACUAUAUAUCCGAUUUGCGUCAACGUUGUUGCUCUGUAGUUUCUCCGUAUAACAUUGUGUUGCGCUCUUUAAUUCGCAUCCGGCCUACCCAGCACUUUUGUUUACAGCGCUUGUUUGACAUUUACUACAACCACCAGCUGUGAAAAAUCCCACGCAAUUGCCUAAAGUGAAGUAAAGAUUUGAGCUAAUAUAACUAAAAGUGAAGCAGUCAACCUACAUUUUAUUGUAAAAGAAUCAUCCAAGGAUACAUACACAUACAUACAUAUAGUGAUAAAUGGAAAAACAACUACCGGCCUGCUAAUAAGAUUUAUAGACACAUUCAUUGGUUCAUAUUUACAUCCAAACAAAUUAUCUACAUAAAUAUCCGCUCCUCUUCUUAAAGCCUAAGCGCACAUUUAUAAUAAAACAUCAAAGUGUUUGCUAUGCCCCGCGGUAAACGACGUUCUAAUCACGAUAUGGGAGGCGAAGAGGAGCGUACAACUUCCAAACGACAACGCGGUGGUUAUGCGACAACACAAAAUACCAGCAGACGUCACAUCAAGGCUGAAGACAGUUUCAGCCAAAAGCGUUGUGUCGACUGGUUUUGCAAAUAUACAAACCCAGAUGAGCCAGAUACGCUAGGUCCUGAUGGUAUGGAAAAAUUCUGCGAUGAUAUUGGUGUGGAACCAGAAAAUGUUGUGAUGCUUGUGCUAGCCUACAAAAUGGGCGCUACACAAAUGGGUUUCUUCAGCCGUUGUGAAUGGUUAAAGGGCCUCACUGAGUUAGAAUGUGAUUCUGCUGCAAAAAUGCAAUCUAAAUUAGAAUAUUUAAAAAGUAUACUCAACGAUCCAAAUGUCUUCAAAAGCAUAUACAGAUAUGCCUACGAUUUUGCCAAGGAUUCCGAUCAGCGUAGCAUGGAUAUAAAUACAGCAAAAGCAAUGCUGCAAUUGCUGCUUGGCAAACAUUGGCCGCUUUACCCGCAUUUCGCGCAAUUCCUUGAUCAAUCAAAGUACAAAGUUAUUAAUAAAGAUCAGUGGUGCAACAUACUCGAGUUCUCACGCACAAUUAACAAUGAAUUAACGAACUACGAUAUCGAUGGCGCAUGGCCUGUUAUGUUGGAUGAAUUCGUGGAAUGGUUACGACUGCAACGCACAUGUACGAGUUCUACAAUAUUAAGCUGAAAUUAUCUUUAAAAUACUGAAUUUAUGAUAUUAAAGCAAAAGCAAAAAACCGGGAUUAAUUUCACAACUACAUCAAAAAGAUCAACUAUAAUGAAACUCAAGUACCACAAACAAAACAAAGACAGCAAAUUCCAAAGGAAAACAAUAAAACUAAUAUAAAGCUUGUAAGGCCUCCAACACCUACCACAAGACGUAUCAAUCAGUCAACCAAACCAAUUAAUGCAAACAAACAAAACAAAAAUUAUAAUAAUAAUUCUCAGCAAAAAACUGCAGAAAAAGCAUGUAUAAUGAAUGAGUACAUUUAACGAAUUACUAUUAAAUAAUUACAAUACGAACACAAGAACUCCUACUACUA